AUGUGUACACCAGCUGCUGCAACUUUGGGAAUGAAGCAUAGGGAACUGGUGUUUGGAUUCUUCCAUGGUGCAAGCCAUAUGCUAAGAGCUGAUGGAGAAGUUCAUGUCUCUCACAAAAACAAAGCACCUUUUUGUCAUUGGAAUCUUGAGGAGCUCGCUAGCAGAUGCUUUCUUGUGUUGAUUCAACGUGUGGCAUUCGAGAAGAGAAAUUACCCAGGUUAUGAGAAUAAGAGGGGAGAUGGGUCUAGAUGUGACCAACCUUUUCUUUUGGGAGAGUGCAGUACUUUCAAGUUCAAAUUCUCUCUCGUGGCUAAAGAGCUUUAUGCAGAGAAGGUGAAAUGGAGAGAAGAGAAGGAAGGAGAAUCAAAGUAUCCCCAAGAUUUAUCAACUCGGGGGAUGAAUAACAAACAUGCCCGUUUUGAAGAUAGCUCGAUACAUCUUGAAUUGCCCAGAUGCACUGAAAGAACAAAACAUCAUCGUAAAGAACAAUUUCUUGAAUGUACUAAACGGUUCAAUAGAGUUUCUCUUGAAAUGCAUAAUGGAGAAUUACAGAAAGCGGUAACACGGACGAGCUUUCCUCGUGAGUACACUAAAGAAUCACAAGAAAGAUGCCGCCUACUUUGUCAAGACUUUGCAGUACAAGCUAGUCAAGAACCGUUCCCCAAACGCUCUCUCCGCUUCAGUGGAGUUUCUCAUGGAAUUCAUAACGGGAGAGUACGAAAAAUGUUGAUACGGAACAGCACUGGAGAAUCACGAAAACGAAGGAUGAGGAGGCAGAGGAACCUUAAAAUCAGGUAAAUAUAUCCUUGAUAGUUGCUUGUAUUAAGAAAUAAACACGCUAAAUCGAUAUUGAAUUUUUCUAGGUGACUCAUCUCCAAAUUAAUAACUUCAAGGAGCUUUUGAGGAUAACUUUGAUGGAAACAAGAUGACUGAAACUUGGACUCACUAACAAAGCCUGCAUUCUACGUUCUCUUUUGUUUUUUAGGCUGAUUACUGACAUGGAGCUGAGUUUCAUAAUUAUUUAGGAAUUUGCUUGGUUUAACCGCAGCAGCGUUUAGUCACUAAAAGUACCCCAUAGCAGCGUUUGUGUUUUCUUGUCACUAACGCUAUAAACAGAACGCAUUUUCCAAUCAUUCAUUUUAAUUUGGUGUAAAAUCCCAAUCGUCAUUUCCAAUUUUAG